GUCCCUAAACCUCCUACAGAUUCUGGGAAACCCAAAUCAGUGACCCGGGUAUAUGUCCGUAAGACACGCCCUCCAGACGAGGUCAGCAGGAAGGUUAGGGUCACCGUGGCAAGACCUCUCCCACAGGAUGCUUCUCCUCAGCCUUUCGACUGCGCAGGUAACAUGGGUAUGAGUCCUGCAGGAAAAUCAGUGUGAUUGAUGUUCUAAAGAGAAAUUCAUCUGAAAUGUUUAAAGGUCCAGGUGGGCCACGGUUUGACACACAGGGGAUGGUCCUGCCGCACAGCAUUCUAGGAAGCAUGGAGGAUUUUAAGAGAGAGAUGGAACUGAGAGGUGACACAGAGCUGUUACAGAAGAUCCCGGACCAACAGAAACUCGCGACUCAUCCGGUGGAGCGUGAGAGAAAUGACGGCCAAUCCAAAAUUAAGUCACAACAAAGUCACGCCCUCCAGCACUGGUACCGCCACAUGGCUGAGCGACGCAGACAGCAAGACUUUAUUUCUCGAUUACUGCAGAAGCCAGUGGGAUAUCUGUUGAUGAAUCAGUCCAGCAGAUUCAGACAGAUUCAGGAACAGAGAGAUCUCAUCAACAGAGGAAAUGGUCGGCACACAGGCAGUGAGUUCUGGAAUAUUCCCCAGCAUUUUGGAGAUGAGCUAAGUGGAAUAACAGCCACCCUUACUGAAACAGAGAAGGGAAAGCCUCCACCUCUCACUCGCAUUGGACAUCCUCACGCGACACGUCUGGAGUCAGGUAAUUUCUUAUGUGAUGAAGUUAACAGUGGCUGGGAUCGGAGUUUGUACCUGCAACAGCGUCGCCUUGAGCUCAGGGAUGCACAGAGAGACAUCAGCUUUAGUCCACCGGACAUUGAUGGGCUGGAGGUGGUUGGCUCAGGUCUGCCUUUCACCUCGACAUCAGUGGGAUCUUCUUCUUUACUGGAUGAGGAAGAAAAGGAGGAAGAAGGAAGGGCUGAACACCAGAAAGAAAACAUAGAUCCUCUGGCGCUGUAUGAUGAUGUCAUCAUGGAUGUUGAGCUGGUUCCUGCUCUGAGGUUUUGUGGAGAACUAGCUCGCUGGACCGGUACCAAGUCCUCCCACCAGGAACAGCGGGGUGUCACAGCGAGGUUAAUGUUUGAGACAGUAACAGGAGAAAGUGUGAGCACCGAUCUGGAGUUGAAGAAUGAAGGCAGUACUGCCAUUUACUACAGCUGGGAGAAAGUGACUCAACCACACACACACACACAACACUUCUACUUCAACAACACUGAAGCUGUGAUAUUACCAGGCAGCACCAAACACAUCACAGUCAUCUUUAAGAGUGCAUCUGCGGGCAUCAUGACUGAAGUUUGGCAACUCAACACACACCCUGUACUGAUGGGUGGAUCUUCAUUGCAAGUCACAUUUAGGGGUGUGGCCUUAGACCAGGACAGAACUGCCUACCAGAGAGUAGCACUAGAGAGAAAACUCCUGCAGAAAGAAGCCGUAUGUUUGUGUAGAUGGAUCAUGAUUGAUGUAGUCAGCGGGAUUUGUACUCCAGACAGGCCAAGCUCACCAGAUGAUCUCUACGUCACAGAAGAGGAGCAAUUCUUCACACAAAAUCCUAAUUUGCAGUACCACCCUGAGCCUGUGGAGGCGCUGCAGAGGUUAUGGGAGCAGGUCAAUAGGUCAGGACAAGCGUGGGAUCUGUCUUUGCACACCUUUAGACAGAUGGCGCUGUCCCUGCCUGAGACAGAUGAGCAGACAGAUGGUCCGAGCAAAGAGACGUGCUUGAGUCAAUAUAACUUACUGUUGGUACAGCUACAGCGACCGCAGAUAUACACCCCUCCUUCAAGGCUACACAACAUCAGUCUGCAGUUAUGGAGAGAGCUGGUGGAUGGUUUGGUCAGCGAGUCUGUAAGGUUGAGAGAUACACUGGGACUUCCUGAACACAAUGUUUGGAGUGACUUUCACACCUUUGAGCAGAUGAAGAAUGACGCGGAGCUGAAGAGAGGAGGAAGAGGAGUGAACCUGCUGAAAGAUGAGAAGAGAGGAGGAACCAGAGCUGCAGUGAUGGAGGAACGUGGGAACGUGCCGGAGGAGAUAAUGGAUAGAGGAGAGAGAGAAUUUAGCCUUGAUGUUGAUACGCACACACAUCAGCUAUACAGACGACUGCUGCAUACACAGGUGUCUGUGCUGAUGAAGAGGAUGAUGGAUUCUCUGUGUGAUCUACUGGAAGAGGCUCAACAAGACUCUUUUAAAACAUUUUAAUAACCUUCUGCUUUUAUACUGUUUACAGUGAAUGAACUUCAUGGCACUUCUGCGAUUAUUAAAGGUCCCAUAGCAUGAAAAUCUGACUUUUUCCAUGUUUAUGUCCUAUUAUUGGGUCCCCAGGGCUUCUAUCAACCUAGAAAACGUGAAAAAGAUCAACCCAGUAACUUAUGUUUCGGUAAAAAAUCUCUGCAAGCAUGGGAAAAAGUAGAUAAUUGAAAUUUGGCUCCCGUUAUGAUGUCAUUAGCUGUGUUACUUUUAAAAGUAAUGCAUUACAAUAUUAAGUUACUCCUCAAAAAACUAAUUCUGUUACUUAGUUACUUUUCAUGGAAAGUAAUGCUUAAGUCACUUUUAAGUUUCUUUUGCAUUACUUUUUCUUUUUGGCUGAGGCUUGAUCUCUUUCAGGCCUUGCAGGUGGCUUUUAUGACUGAGAAGUUCUGCAUUCAGAAAUUGCAUAUGUCCAUCUUCUCUGACUGAAACUGUACAAUAUUUUUUUUACAUCAAAUGAACUAAACUUAAAAGUAACUUGCAUUACUUUAAAAAAAAAAGAAACUUAAAUAUUAAUAUACAUUAAUAAAGUAAUGCAUUACUUUACUUGUUACUUCAGAAAAGUAAUAU